AUACCAAAGCAUCUGCUGUCAGCAUGAGCACGUUUGCAGGGAGAAUUAUUCUGAUUACCUGAUAACAGUUGCACUUUAGUUUCAGCUGUAUCCAAAAGAAUGUAUCUUGUGCUUGUUUUGCCUCUGCUCAUGCUUUCCUUCGGGGAGUGUGCAAGUGUCAACGAUACACAAAGCAGAAUUAUCGGGCCGUUUCCCAGUUCGAUCUCUGUGAAUAACGGACAGAUCUGGGGAACAUGGGGAAUUUCAGAGAAGUGUCCUACAGGCACCUAUGCUACAGGCUUUAGCCUCAGGGUUGAGUCAUAUCAGGGAAUCUGGUAUGAUGACACAGCCCUAAAUGGAAUUGCUCUUCACUGCUCUAAGCCCAUUGGCUCCAACAGUAUUUUUGGGGGCUUCACAACUAUCAGAUCUGCUGUAGGAAGCUGGGGGUCUUGGUCAUCGCUUAUUUGGUGCCCCAGUGGAGUACUGAAAGCUUUCCAGCUGCGAGUAGAGGGUAAACAGGGAUUGAAAGAUGAUACUGCAGCUAACAACAUAAGGUUCAAAUGCUCCACGGGCUCUGUGUUGGAAGGCAGUGGUAUGAGCUGGGGUAGCUGGGGUUCCUGGAGCUCGCUUUGUGGUGGAACUGGGAUUUGUGGCAUCCAAACAAAAGUGGAAUCGCCUCAGGGCAUAGGAGAUGACACCAGUCUUAAUGAUGUCAUCUUCAGUUGCUGCAACUAAGCAAGAAUUGACAUGACAAGAACAUGAAUGAAGACAACUACAUUUAACAAAGAAUCAAAAUCUCUUUAUUUCUCAUGAAAUCAUAUAUCUGAGUGAAUUAUAUGUAUAAUAAUAAUAACUCAUCAAUCUGUCACUAAUUACAGAAAUGUACUCACUGAUGAUUUUGUCUUAUUUGUUAUCCUUUGCCUGUACUUUAAGGGAAAAUCAGUUUUGAAUUACUUAAUGAAAUAAAAUAAACAACAGCUCAA